AUGAUUUAAAACUCUUAGGUUAUAGGAUUAAGCUAUAAUAAUUUAUAAUACUCUUCCAAUCCUUAUUAAUCAGUGAUAAAACCAGAUUAAAUCAAUGGGACAACAUUAAGUUAUGCAGAACAAAAUCAACAAUAUAAUAGUUAAAUAUAGGCUAACAGCCUUAGUUAGGUAGCUCCUGUGACCUAAAAACCUGAUAUAUAUGGAGUUUAGAGUUAUAGUUAUGUAACUAAUUCUUAAUUCAAUGCUCAAUAGCCUAAAGCAUAUGCUAUUUCAGAAUAUAACACUUAUAACUCUCAAAUUGAACCAAUUAAACAAAUUAGACAAACUCAACCAGCAAGCGAAGCUAAUCCAAUCAUAGCUUCAACUCAAUUUACUUUAAAUUAAAAUGCAAUAAAUUAACAAGAACAAUUAGAUUUAGAUUAAUGGAAGCCAAAAAACAGUGUGCAUCAAUUUGAUUAACAAGUUAACAAGUCUCCUUUGAAAGUCAGCACUACUCCAAAUAAUGGACUUUCUCCUUAUCUCAGUACAAAUUAGCAACCAUACUUCGUAACAUAAAUUGAAGAAAAUAACUUCGAGUCUAUUUUGAAUGGAAAAAAUAAUGAAAUAGAAUACUGGAAAUAAAAAUGCACAAAAGUUCAAAAGCAAUUGGAAGAAUCAGACGUAAAGUUAAAUUAUUUAAGCAUUCAAUAUGAUAAUUUACGCUCUCAAUAUUUGACCUUGCAAGAAAGUCUAGAUUCUUAGAAGUUAGUUUUGCAACAAGAAAUUGAAUAGAAAGAAAUGAUAAUAAAGAAUUUGCAAUAACAAAAUGGAACUUUAAACGAUAUGUAUACUAAGGCAACAAACGAUUAUGCAGCAAGUAAUUAGUAGAAAAUAGAGCAAGAUUUGAAAAUAUCUGAACUGCAAAGACAGAUUUAAGAAUUUUAGCUCAAGAACCAAAAUAUAGAAUAGGAUGAAGUGAUUAAAAGAGCUGCAAGACCUAUCUUUGAAAAUAAGCAUAGUGUUACCAGCUCACGUGUUGUUGUAGUAGAUAAUCACUUAAAAUAAGGAGGUAGUAUGUAACAUGAAUCUGAAAUUGUCAAAGCCUAGUUUGAAAUGAUUGACAGAUAAAACAGCCUCAUCGAAUACUAAAAGCAAUAAAUAAUGGAAAAGGAUUAAAGAAUCGCUAAUCUCCAGCAAUAACUAUGGGAUCUCUAAGAAAUGGUAAACUCCUCUAAAGGAAAGAGUGUCUUCUGUUGA